AUGAUUUUUGGGUUCGAUUAUUCUUUAUACUAUAAGAAAAAUCAAAAAAAACAAUAAAAGAAUCGCAAUUAAUUUAUUUAGGAAGUAGAGAUGGAUUAAACAAAGAUUAAUUUUGGAACAGAUGCAAUGCUAAGUGUAAUUUACUUGUGAUAUUUUAGUCUCAAAGUGGAUAUAUCUUUGGUGGAUAUUCUCCAUGUUAAUGGUAAUAGAAUCUUGGUAGUUAUGUUUAAGAUGAUACAUUAUCAUCAUUUUUAUUUUCACAAACACAUGGAUAAAUCUAUCCUUUGAGAUAGGAUAGGAAAUAUUCUAUUUACUCUAGCAGUGGAUAUGGACCUACGUUUGGAAAUGGUCAUGAUAUAUACAUAGCAAGUGAUUUUAAAGAUGGUUAUUCUAAUUUAGGUUAUGCAUAUCAAUGGGAUUAAUAUCAGAAUUAAAAAUCAUCACAUUUAUUUGGACAGGAUAAACCAAAUAUUACCGAAUGUGAAAUUUAUGAGUUAAAAUUAAUUUGA